ACAUGCCUGGUACAUACGCACACUAUUAUGCACGUCCUCUACUCACAGCACUCGUACAGUUGCCCAUUUCCCCAUCCGUGCAUAUGCACGGAUAGCAAAACAAGCCCCCUAUCAUCUUCGCGUCGCCACACCUUUCCCCUCCUCCAAUGUUCCCUAUUCCCCUUUCAACCUCCAAGACCCAAGAACCACCAAUACCAUUCCUUACCACCAGCGGCCACCGUAACCGCUAUCAACCAGACCACCACCCCCUUAUCCCCUUUCUUCUUCCUCUUCUCCCAUUUUUCUCUCUUCUUGCCCCCGUUCCUUCCUCCCUCUACCUCACCGCAACAACCGCAGGGUCACCACAACUACCAGACCAUCACUCCUUAUUCAUCACUCUCUUCGACCUUCCCUGAUCGCCAACCAUCACCGUCGGCCUCGACCCAGAACCCACCGCGCCGUCGACGAGCCACCGCGACCCUCUUCCCUCUUCUCCCCUUCACAGCACCGAACCAGCCUCCAGCCACACCAACCUCUUCUCAUCUCUCCGUGAACCCUAAUCCACAGCCCUCUUAUCAUUGUGGUCCUCACCUCCAGCCACUGAUGCCUUCUCAGAACUGCAACCAUCACAGACCCCAUUGUCACAUUUCCUCUUCUCCUUUGCCAUCGCCUCCGUCGAAACCCAGAGCAGCGGCGGCUAGCUUCCCCUCUUUCUACUCUCUCUCUCUCACUAGCGAACCACCACCGCGAACCACCCUAGUCCUCCACCAUCGACGAGCCAUGGCUACCCAAUCCUCUUCUCCUCUCUCCACGAAGCCCUAUCUCCUCUUCUCCGAACCACCAUCACGUAGCUUCACCUCAGCCGAGCCCACCCUGCUCUUCCUCCUCUUUGCGCUACCUUCCCCUUCGGCUUCAACAUCACAUCGCAACCUUCCCUUCCUCGCCGAACCUGUCUCAACCUCCAGUCUCAACCACCCCGCCCAGCCGCGUCAUCGCCAGCACCAUCAAGACCUACACCACCCAAUCCCCACUCACAACCACCCCCUUGUCUCUGUUUCCCCCUUCCACUGCCUGCGAGAGCGCGUACAGGGCACGACCCCUGUUUUCAUUUCAUUUCUUCUCCGUCACUGCCGCUGCGCUAGCGCCACCACCAGGCCACCACCCUUGGCCUGCCGAACUGCUGUAGUUGCAACCCUCCACACACGAGCUCCAACCCCCUUGCUCCAUCGCCUCUUUACUGCCUGGAACGGCCAGAACAGGGUGCAACCCUUGUGUCUUCCGACCCUCCAUCUUCCCCUAUUUCAUUGCUGCGUCUCAGCCUCUGUUCCGUCACUGCUGCUUCUGCCUGCACCACUGUUGGACCCGCCACCUCUGGGUCGGCAUCUCUCUACUUCCAUUUUCCCUUCCCUUGCUCCCUUGUCAAUUCUCUAUUUCUGUCUCUGCCCAGGUAAAUAUGGACUGAAAAAGUGAGGAAGGAAAGCAUGCAAAGUGGAAGAAUUCAAGAAAUGAAGGAUUUGGAAAGCUGCCAAUCUGUGACCUAUCUGUACUAAAUUGAUCAUAACUUGAGUUAUAGAGGUCCAAAUGAGGCGGUUUUAGCGGCAUUGGAAAGCUAACAUCCAGGGAUUCAAAAUGAUAUACAAUUUGUUAUAGUAGACAUGGAGUUUGGGUGUGCGUACGCACACACUUGUCUGUACGCACAAGAAGAAAAUCAGCAAGUGUGCGUUCGCACACACCUGUGCGUAUGCACAAGUCCUGGCACGUGACCUCAUUAAUUGCAACUCGUUGGCAGUGAUUUUUGGACUUUCAGAGACCAAUUCAACUCAUUUCUGAAACUAUUUCAAGCCAAAUUGAAGAGGGAUGAGGGGGGAGCAAUUAGGUUUAGGUUUUUACAUGUCUUAGCUUAUUUUUCUAGAGAGAGAAGCUCCCCCUUCUCUCUAGAGUUAGGAUUUUUAGCUUAAUUUUCUCUUUGAUUUCUCUCUUUGAUUCUUGUUUUAGUAUAGUUUCAUUUAUGUUUUCA